CAUUCUCGAGCUCAGUGCGAAUUGCGUUCUCGAGGCGUGCGGUGGCGUGUUGGUUCAACCGUAGUUUGUAGUACUCUCGAGUCUCUGCCUCCCGAUUUUAUUUACACUUUCCGUUUGUCGAACCACUCGCAGUUGGCUCUGGAAUCGAUUCGAACCAAAGUGACAGCACUCGAUUGUCUUGGCCAGUUGUCAGUUUCCCAGUGGAGCACUCAGUGACCCUAGGAUAGAAGGAGAUUCGUCAGGAUGGCAGGUCAACAGCAGGAAAUAUCCCACGCCAAGCGCGCCGCCUUUCAGGUCUUGGCCGGCGGUUCGGCCGGAUUUCUGGAAGUCUGCAUCAUGCAGCCCCUCGAUGUGGUCAAGACCCGCAUCCAGAUCCAGGCCACUCCCACCGCAAAUGUCUCUGCUCUGGGUGAGCUGCACUACAAUGGCGUGUUCGACUGCUUCGCCAAGAUGUACCGCCAUGAGGGCAUCACCUCGUACUGGAAGGGCAUCAUGCCGCCCAUUCUGGCCGAGACCCCCAAGCGGGCCAUCAAGUUCCUGGUGUUCGAGCAGACGAAACCGCUCUUCCAGUUCGGAUCGCCCACACCCACGCCGCUGACCUUUUCGCUGGCGGGCCUCACGGCGGGCACCCUGGAGGCCAUCGCCGUGAAUCCCUUCGAGGUGGUCAAGGUGGCCCAGCAGGCGGAUCGCCAGAAGAAGAUGCUCAGCACGUUUGCGGUGGCCAAGGGCAUCAUUAAGCAAGACGGUCUCGGUUUUCGUGGCCUGAACAAGGGCAUCACCGCCACGAUGGGGCGCAAUGGUGUCUUCAACAUGGUGUACUUUGGAUUCUACCACAGUGUUAAGAACGUGGUGCCCGAGUACAAGGAGAACCAUCUGGAGUUCCUGCGCAAGGUGACCAUCGGUUUCCUGGCCGGCACACUGGCCUGCUUCGUCAACAUCCCCUUCGAUGUGGCCAAGUCGAGGAUUCAGGGCCCACAGCCUGUUCUCGGGCAGAUCAAGUACCGCGGAACGCUCAGCUCCAUGGGCAUCGUCUAUCGCGAAGAAGGAUUCCGGGCGCUGUACAAGGGACUCGUGCCCAAGAUCAUGCGCCUGGGCCCUGGAGGCGCCAUCCUGCUGUUGGUCUUCGAGUACAGCUACGACUACCUGCUGCACAACUACUCCUAGUUGCCAAGUCCCCGAAAUGCCCAAUUAGAUAUUAGGGGCGCCCACCUAUUUUGUUUUUUUUU